GAUAAUGUUUGAUUACCAUUAAACAGACCUCUGCUAUUGAAGAAGUCAGAGAGACUACAAGUUCCUGCUCUGAAAGAUGGAGAAACUGGCAUUGGUUUUAUCUAUGCUUGGCUUUGUUCUCUCCUAUCCAGUGAAUCCUCAAGUAGGAGGGACACAUGGAAUGGCCAGUAUGAGUCUUGAGACAAUGCAACAGCUACAGUCAGCCAAUAAACUUACUGCUCUGCCUCAGCUUUCAAGAUUUGGUUAUAACGAUCCCUAUUCUACUUUGUGGCUACAUGGGCUUUUACCGCCACAUAUGUAUCCUUGGUUACAUCAACGGUCACAAAUGCCAGACAAUCAGCAGUUUGAGUAUGCCUUGCCCAUACAUCCUCCACCAUUGCCAGGGAUGCCAUCUGUAGGUCAACCAGCUAAACCUGGACAGGAUGGACAGACGGUUCCCCAACAAUCAACAGCUACAUCAGCAAAGGCAGAUCAGCUUAUGCACCAGCCUAUACUGCCACUAGGGUAUCCAAAUAUACAGCAAGCAGAUCCAACUCUGAUUCCCACAAAGGGUGGUCCAGCUGAUGGUCAAAUCCAAACGGUAGCAUUGUUUAUGUACCAGACAAUAAUGAAUAAGUUAUUGCAACAAGGAGCCACAGACCCUUUACCAGACCCUGCAGGAGUACCACAUAUUCACCAACAGAAUCCAUAUCCAAAUCUUUUCUUUAUGAAUUAUGGGAGAGGACCUGGAUUACCGCCAGCUAGGCUUGGAAUGAUGAGUUCGGAAGAAAUGCAGGGUGGUCCCGCCGGAGCUGCACAUCCUUUGAGUCCCUUAUUCCCAGGAUUACUAGGAGUUGGACCUAGUUUUGGAGGCAAUCCACUGAACCCAGCCAUGGCUGGAGACUUUACUUUAGAAGACGAUUCUCCUGGAGCAGGUGUAAAAUCAGCAGGUCGCGGAGCUGCACAUAUCCCAGCAGAAAAUCCUCCAAUAAAUGGUGGUUUGAAUCCUCUCAACCCUGGCCUAGAUGGAAUACCACCAGGCCAAGUUGACACCCUUCAAUUUCCCAACAUCAAUCUUCCUAAUAUGGGACUUAAUCCAUUAGGACAAAGCAUGGGUCCAUCACCUGUAACCCCAGCCAAUGUCCCCAAACAAACACUCGACACAGCUGCAGGAUUUGCUCCAUAUCCCAUGGAUGAAACCUUAAUGUUUGGCUUUCAAAGAGAAAAUCCUACUAAUAUGGACUUUGCCCAUGGAAAUAAUGGUAUAGAUUCCCCUAUUAUGCAUAAUGAUAUCCAUCUACAGAAUCAUUAUUUCCAAGAACCUUAAUGGGAAGUUAGGACUUCGAAGCUGUCAAAACACUAACAUUUCACACAAGUGACAUACAGAUUAUCUAAGUAGCUAACAAUGUAAUGUGCACAUUUAUUCAUUUGUUUUCUGUUGGAUUUUUCUGUAGUAGUAGUAGUUGAAAUGGUACAUAGGAAGUUUCUAAACAAGAGGUAUAUCCACUUAGAGGCAAACAAUGCAGCAGGACAUGUAGUGCAAAAGAAUAUAUCAAAUUAAAUAUGGCAGUUUUUUUUUUAUUAAAGGAUAUCUAAACCCAAGAAUUAAAAUGUAAUUCAUUGUAGAUUACCAGUUCUUAGAUGUGGUGGCUGCAUUUGUUUUUCUUUUUUUUUUCAGGCUAAGAACAUUUUCAGCAAGUGCAGAAAUGGCCUGUUUAUUUUGCCAGUGUUCUUGUCACUUUCUGCUACCUGAAAAGACAAAUAGGUAGAUUCAGUAAGAGUUAGGCCGGCUUAUCAGUAGAUAAGCCGACCUAACUCAGAAUCUACG